AUGGAAAUGUUACCGGAGCCUAUGAGCCCCCUGACAUACGAACGUACAUAUGGGGGGAACCGCGCUUUUCACAACUUCUUCAACGAUUUUAGCCACAUUCAGGAUCCGAACUUGAGAAGACGCUUGGCUUUAUCGGAGAUUGAUAAGAUACCCUUCGGGUUAUAUCACGUUAGGGCUGUACUAGUUGCCGGCGUAGGAUUCUUUCUGGAUUCAUACGAUAUCUUCGCUAUCAACCUUGUGACUUUAUUAUUAGGGGUGGUUUUCUGGCAGGGACCACCCAACGACGCAGUUCAUGGAUAUGGUGGUAAUCAUGGCGUCCUACCGACAUCUGUGAGCCAAACGCUGAAGACGUCGACCAGUGCUGGCAUUGUCAUCGGACAGCUCGUGUUUGGUUGGCUCGCUGAUAAAUAUGGUCGACGGAAGAUGUACGGAGUCGAACUAGGUAUCAUCCUUGUUUCGACCCUGUCCUGCUGUCUCAUUGCCGCUAGCCAAGCUGUGAGCUUCACAGGGAUAUUGACAUUUUGGCGAGUUAUGAUGGGUAUUGGAAUCGGAGGCGACUACCCCCUCAGUUCGGUCAUCACAUCAGAGUUUGCGCCUACAAGAUGGCGAGGCGCGAUGAUGGCAGCUGUGUUUUCUAUGCAAGGCAUCGGCCAGCUCGCCGCUGCAAUUGUCGCCCUCAUCGUGACAGCCUCGUUUGCACCAAUUUUCCAAACUGCCGCGAGCGUAGACCAGUGCGAUUACGAUUGCCAAACAGCUGCAGACCGCUGCUGGCGUAUCAUCAUCGAUUAUCGUAUUACUAUUCCAGAAACCCCGAGAUAUACGUUCGAGGUCGCAAAGGAUGUCGAAAAGGCGGCUGCAGACAUCAAGGCGUACAUGGCUAACCAAUCCGAGGGCGAAGUUGACGAAAUCAAGCAAGCGCGAAUGAAGAAAGUCGCUGCUCCUGCCCUGGCAAUUCCUGCGGCGUCAUGGAGGGAUGCAUAUGGAUACUUCAGCCAGUGGAAGAACGGCAAAGUGUUAAUCGGAACCACGCUUUCGUGGUUCUUCUUGGACUUUGCCUUCUAUGGUCUCGGUUUAAAUAAUCAGGUUAUUCUUUCAGCUAUAGGCUAUGCGGAUGGCAACUCAUUACACGCUAUAUUGCACAAUAGCGCCGUUGGCACUAUCAUCUUGAUUGUGGCGGGAUCGCUGCCUGGCUACUGGACGUCUAUUUUCCUGAUUGAUACCAUUGGACGCAAGCCACUUCAAAUACUCGGUUUCUCUAUACUUACUAUCAUCUUUAGCGUACUUGGCUUCUGCUAUUACCAGCUGAACAAAGGAUCGCUGCUGGCCCUCUACGUGGUUGCUAAUUAUUUCUUCAACUUUGGCCCUAACACUACCACGUUUAUCAUUCCAGGGGAAUGCUACCCAACACGCUACCGAUCGACAGGCCACGGUAUCUCUGCCGCUAUGGGUAAGGUGGGUGCUAUCCUCGCUCAAGUUAUCUCGAUCCCUCUUCUUAAAAAGGGCGCGCCGCCGACAUGCAAAGGCACUCAAUGUCAGCCGUGGAUAGAUAAGCUUAUGCAAAUCUUUGCACUUUUCAUGCUGCUGGGGCUUAUCGUGUCCUUCCUAGUCCCGGAGACAAAGGGCUACACUUUGGAGGAGCUUGCUGGUGAGCGAUCGACAUCCUAUAACUCUGGCCGCAACGGCAGCAUCGUUGAGAUACCUAGAAAGUGGUGGAAUCCGUUCAAUGGCGGCCGUCCAGCAGGCUUCAUGUACCCUCAGUCAUCCCAAGGCAGUUUUGGCCGUGGUGGGCGAGUGGGAAUCAUGACAAGUCCGGAACUCAUUGCCGAAAAUGCCGAAGCUAGGAAACGGCAUUUCUGGAGAUGGGGUCGUGAAGAUGUGAAUAGAAGGCGCCCCAAUAGCACGAGUUCAACUACCUUUAUAGCCGACUCAUCAAUCAACGAGACCGCGAUCACGCCUCCUCGCUGGGGUGCGGGCUGGGGUCGCAUAGAUCGAGGGGGUCAGCCUCCCCCAAUGGAAAAUAUACGUCUGCAAGAUGUAGGCCAGCUACUUGACAACUAG